CGACUCUUCUAAUCCUCUUUGACCACUAUUUCUUUCUCUGUCUUCCUCAAAAACUCACCCGAGAGAUAUGGCAGAACUAAGUUUCUAUGUUGGAGUCAUAGGAAAUGUGAUAUCGGUUCUUGUCUUCCUCUCUCCUGUAGAGACGUUUUGGAGGAUAGUGAAACGGAGAUCGACGGAGCAGUAUGAGUGUUUGCCGUACAUCUGCACUUUGAUGAGUUCGUCUUUAUGGACAUACUACGGAAUAGUGACACCUGGUGAAUAUUUGGUUUCUACAGUCAACGGAUUUGGAGCUCUUGCUGAAACCAUAUACGUUCUCAUUUUCCUCUUCUUUGUUCCAAAACCUAGAUUCUUAAAAACAAUUAUUUUGGUUCUAGCUCUGAACAUUCUUUUCCCAGUCAUAGCAAUUGCUGGAACAAGAACUGCGUUUGGAGAUGCAAAAACGCGUUCUAACUCUAUGGGUUUCAUUUGUGCUACUCUCAACAUUAUCAUGUAUGGUUCUCCUCUUUCCGCUAUUAAAACAGUUGUGACAACGAAGAGUGUGAAGUACAUGCCGUUUUGGCUAUCGUUUUUCCUCUUCGUAAACGGCGCGAUUUGGGGUGUCUACGCUUUACUCGUACACGAUGUUUUCCUACUGGUGCCAAAUGGAAUGGGCUUUUUCCUUGGGAUAAUGCAGCUCCUAAUUUAUGCGUUUUACAGAAAUGCCAAACCAGUCGUAAAAGAUGUAGAGGAAGCCCUCGCACCAAGCCAACCACUCCUCUCAUAACCAUUCUCAACUAUAAUUUGUAUGAAUGAAUAAAACUUCUUUUUAUUUUCGUGAGUGUUCAUUUUGGUAGCUAUUUAUUAGAGAAUGCCUUAAUUUAUUACUUUGUGUUUACCUCCGGGUUCAAGUACAUGUAUGUUAUUGAAUGAUUUGAUUUUAAACAAGUUUUUUAGAACUCUGACUAAAUCAAGAGAAAUUGUUGUGAUUUGUUUCUAUAAAUUUUCAAAAAUAUCAGUAAUCAAUUAAAUAUUUGAAAGAUUGUGUUAA